UGUUCUUGUUCGUUUCGCAUCGAUACUUCCCCCAGAAACUACAUAUAGAAAUUCCCAUAGAGAUACCCCAGAGAUUUGCCAACUCCUCUGUAAAUUCCCCAUGAUCAGUAGCUAGCACCGACUUGAUGGAGACCACCUGCAAAUCCAAUCACAUACUAUGAUACAGAUCCCAGAAGCAGACAGUCUCCAUCGUCAGAGUAUUCAAGUUGAGACUGAGACAGUUCAUGGUGAGAAACUUGCUCUGCAGUGCAUGGGCUGCGAUGCUUGUGUAGAGAAUAAAGGGUGCAUGUGUGAUCACAGCACCCAAGAUUUAAAGAGUGUUGUAAAUGAAGCAGAUGUUGAGGAUCAUACCGAGGCUAAUAGUUCCUUUGCGCAUUCUGUCAUCAACAUGAUUGGAAUGCUCAUAGGGCUUGGGCAGUUAUCUGCUCCAUAUGCUUUAGAAAAUGGAGGAUGGGCUUCUGCAUUCUUGCUGGUUGGAAUAGGUGUAAUAUGUGCAUAUACAUCCCUUCUGCUUGGAAAAUGCCUUGAAAAGAGUCCCUCAUCAAGGAGCUAUGCUGAUAUUGGACAGCAUGCAUUUGGCUCCAGAGGAAGACUUUUGGCUUCGACCUUCAUUAACGUGGAGAUUUUCAUGACCCUCGUAUCCUAUACCAUAUCACUGCAUGACAACCUUAUAACAGUAUUUGCAGGGACACAACUUAGGCUACUAAUAUGGACCAAAUUAUCUACAUCUCAGUUACUAACCAUGAUCGGGGUGCUGAUAGCACUUCCUAGUAUGUGGAUGACAGAUCUCUCUUCCAUAUCUUUCCUUUCAUCCGGCGGCAUUCUCAUGUCCAUUAUCAUUUUCACUUCUGUGGCAUGCAUUGCCAUCUUCCAAGUUGUGAAAGCUAAUCAUAGUAUACCUGCUCUCCACCUCCAUAAGAUUCCUGCCAUAUCUGGCCUUUACAUCUUCUGUUAUGCUGGCCACAUCGUGUUUCCCAACUUGUAUAAAUCCAUGAAGGAUCCAUCUAAGUUUACCAAGGUGUCUAUAGUGAGCUUCGCUUCGGUGAUAGCACUUUACACAUCAUUAGCAUUCACGGGAGCCAAAUUAUUCGGCCCUGAAGUAAGCUCUCAAAUAACCCUAAGCAUGCCUCGACAUCUUAUCAUUACAAAGAUUGCACUAUGGGCAACCGUGAUAACACCCAUGACCAAAUAUGCCCUUGAGCUUGCGCCCUUCUCCGUCCAGAUAGAACACAGCCUUCCUGGUUCUUUUAGUUCCAGGACCAAGACAAUCAUAAGAGGCGCUGUGGGCUCAUUCCUGCUACUAAUAAUACUAUCUAUAGCACUUUCCGUUCCAUAUUUUGAGCAUGUCCUCAGCCUUACAGGCUCCCUUGUGAGUUUCAGCAUUUGCAUAGUUUUCCCCUGUGCCUUCUAUAUCAAGAUUUCAUCGGCUCAAUUAUCUAAGUUUUCCCUGAUCCUAAAUGCGACCCUUCUUGCAUUUGGGCUACUUCUUGGGGUCGCUGGGACCAUAUCCUCUUCAAAGUCGAUCUUUACAAGUCUAAAAAGAGAUCACUCAGCCUGAACAAAAUAAGUUUAUGAUCCAGAGAUUAUCCACAAUCCUGAACUCUUUUCCACUCCAGCUAUCUACCUGAUUGAUACGCAAAAAUAACUGGGCUGCAUCUGCUGCAUAUAUACAAGGCAAUAUAUAUAGUUGAAGCGGGCUAGCUGAUGCAUUCUUACAUUAUAAGACAUGGAAAGAGUUUUUGGGUGUAUGAAAUUGCAGUGACAACUUGCACAAAUUGAUUCUCUUGUUGUAAAUUUACUUAUAAAUCAUAAAACAAGGUUGCUUUACAUUA